ACUCAAGGGCGGUGCCGGUAGGCGCCUGCGCACGCGCGCCGCCUCAUUUCCGGUGCUCUCUCGCUGGGUCGCUCGGGUCGGCUUCGGUCGCUGUCGCUCUCGUUCUUCCACCCCCGCCAACCGCCGCUCGGGCCUCAGCUGCCGCUGCGUCGCUUCCUCGCUCGCUCACCACACAUCAUCCCCGAUGCAGCGCCGGGACGACCCUACCGCGCGCCUCACCCGGUCCUCGGGCCGCAGCUGUUCCAAGGACCCGUCAGGUGCCCACCCCUCGGUGCGUCUGACCCCGUCUCGGCCGUCCCCGCUUCCUCACCGGUCCAGGGUAGGCGGAGGUGGGCCCAGAGGAGGCGCUCGGGCCUCGCCCGCCACGCAGCCGCCGCCGCUGCUGCCUCCCUCCAACCCGGGUCCCGACGCGACUGUGGUGGGUUCCGCGCCUACCCCGCUACUGCCCCCGUCAGCCACAGCCGCGGCCAAGAUGGAGCCGGAGAAUAAGUAUCUGCCUGAACUCAUGGCUGAGAAGGACUCGCUCGACCCGUCCUUCACUCACGCCAUGCAGCUGCUGUCCGUAGAAAUUGAGAAGAUUCAGAAGGGAGAGUCAAAAAAAGAUGACGAGGAGAAUUAUUUGGAUUUAUUUUCUCAUAAGAACAUGAAGCUGAAAGAACGGGUACUGAUACCCGUCAAGCAGUAUCCAAAGUUCAAUUUUGUGGGGAAGAUUCUUGGACCACAAGGAAACACAAUCAAAAGAUUGCAGGAAGAGACCGGUGCAAAGAUCUCUGUCUUGGGGAAGGGCUCAAUGAGAGACAAAGCCAAGGAGGAAGAGUUGCGCAAAGGUGGAGAUCCCAAAUAUGCCCAUUUAAAUAUGGAUCUGCAUGUCUUCAUUGAAGUCUUUGGACCUCCAUGUGAAGCUUAUGCUCUUAUGGCCCAUGCCAUGGAAGAAGUCAAGAAGUUUCUAGUACCAGAUAUGAUGGAUGAUAUCUGUCAGGAGCAGUUUCUAGAAUUGUCCUACUUGAAUGGAGUUCCUGAACCCUCUCGUGGUCGUGGGGUAUCUGUGAGAGGACGAGGAGCUGCCCCUCCUCCUCCACCUGUUCCCAGAGGUCGUGGUGUUGGACCACCUAGAGGGGCUUUGGUUCGUGGAACCCCAGUGAGAGGCUCCAUCACCAGAGGUGCCACUGUGACUCGAGGAGUGCCACCCCCACCUACUGUGAGGGGUGCUCCGACACCAAGAGCUCGGACAGCUGGUAUUCAGAGAAUACCUUUGCCUCCCACACCAGCGCCAGAAACAUACGAGGAUUAUGGCUACGAUGACACAUAUGCAGAGCAGAGUUACGAAGGCUAUGAAGGCUACUAUAGCCAGAGUCAAGGGGAGUCAGAGUAUUAUGACUAUGGACAUGGGGAACUUCAAGAUUCUUACGAAGCGUAUGGACGGCAUGCCAGUCAUGUUGCUUAUGGAGAGUGUUGCUGCUCGAGGGAACGGUACACAGUGGUGGAGGUUACCCCUGCUGUACACAGUGGUGGAGGUCACCCUGUUGUACACAGUGGUGGAGGUUACCCUGUCGAUGAAGGAGGACCAAGACAAGAUGACUGGAAUGGGACCAGGCCGUCACUGAAGGCUCCUCCAGCUAGGCCAGUGAAGGGAGCAUACAGAGAGCACCCAUAUGGACGUUAUUAAAAACAAACAGGAGGGGAAAUAGCAGUUAUGAGCAAAGUUGUUACUGAUUUCUUGUAUCCCAGGAUUCCUGUUGCUUUACCCACAACAGACAAGUAAUUGUCUAAGUGUUUUUCUUCGUGGUCCCUUUCUUUUCCCCACUUCCUCCAUUCUUAACUCUGCAUUCUGGCUUCUGUAUGUAGUAUUUUAAAAUGAGUUAAAAUAGAUUUAGGAAUAUCGAAUUAAUUUUUUAAGUGUGUAGAUGCUUUUUUUCUUUGUUGUUUAAAUAUAAACAGUGUACCUUUUAUAAUAAAAAAAAGUUGAGUUAAAAAAAUCCACAAACAUGUUAGUUUCAAAAGUGGCAUUGCUUGCUUAAAGGUUCUGAAGGCUUGUUAACUUUUUCUUAGUUUUGAUUUGAGGCACCCCGUAAAGUCAUAGUUGCAGAAUCCCAAACUAGGCUACAUUUCAAAAUUCAGGGCUGCUUAAGAUGUAAAAUCACAAUGUUAACGGCAGUAGGUGCCACUGAGCUCAGAUGUCUCUAAAAACAUUUCCUUUAAAAGCACAUGGCGGUUGAAUCUUAAGGUUAAAUUUUAAUAUGAAAGCUCCUCAUGAAUUAAAUAGUUGAUGCAAUUUUUAACAUUAAUUGACUUAAAACAACAACAAAAUUAGGUUUGUAAAACUGACUUUUUCAUUAUGUGGGUUUUGAAAUCUAGCCCCAGGCAUACAGUGUUGAGAGAUACUUAGUGGGGGAGGGGUUGGGUUUGAAUAAGAUUAAUGGGGGAGAGAGAGAAGCUAGCCACUGAAAUGGAAUCUGAUGGAGUUCUUUUUAGCCACAGUCUCUUCAAUAAUAGUACUAAAAAUCAAAUUUUCAGUAUUUAAAAUGUCAAUAGUAUUUUGUCCAUCUGAGAUUCUGCACUCCAUGAAAAACUCACUUGGACACUGGGGCCACAAGCUGAUGGUGUUCAUUAAAUUGACCAUUGUCAGUUUUGAGCUGUUCCCAAGGUAGUUAAGUAUGUCUCAACACUAGCAUGAUAUAAAAAGGGACACUGCAGCUGAAUGAGAAAAGAAUCAAAAUCCACUUUGUACAUAAGUUAAAGUCCUAAUGGAUUUGUACCGUCCUCCCAUUUUGUUCUCGGAAGAUUAAAUGCUACAUGUGUAAGUCUGCCUAAAUAGGUAGCUUAAACUUAUGUCAGAAUGUCUGCAGCAGUUUGUCAAUAAAGUUUAGUCCUUUUUUAAUCAAAGUAAAUGUGAUGAAUUGUCAUUUUUGGGGGUGGACAAUAAAAUAAUUUUCUCUUUCACAUAAACUUAAAUUAACUCUAAAGUUAAUGGGCUUGUUAAAAGUUGGAGACAUUUUUAAAAGUGGUGGUGGGGCUUUUAUUUUAAGGUUACCAAAAAAAAGUUUAUGAGUUGUUAAGUUUUAGUUUAAAAAGAACCAAAGCUUUUUCACCCCCUGGAAGUUGUUGAAAGCAGUUUUAUACAGUCCUAUCAAAAAAUUCUAAUUUUUAGAGAGAAAAACCCAACUGACAAAGAUAGGUACUUCAAGUGCCAGCCACCCUGGCUUCUGUCUUCUGUAGAGCCCCUAGGUGGCCUUAAAAGAAUGACACUAAGUCUCUGUGCUCAGAUGCCACAAUUCAGCAAAACCCGGGUGCCUUUGAGGGUGACCCUUCAAUCCUAGAGACGCAGUAACAAUUGAGCUGGCCUGGGGGAGCUGGCAUGAUAGACUGGUUCUGAACUCCCUCCCACAAGACUGAAAACAGUGCAAUUGGUUGGCCCUGUGUAAAAAAAAAAAAAAAAAAAAAAAUCACUCUAACUUCCCAGGGACCUCAUUCUUUCCCUAAGAGCCACGUAAACUGCUCGGGGGUGAAAAAUCCUCUUGUGUGAACUGCCAAGCUGCCUGCAGCAGUGCAUGAUGGGCAUUUUCUUUUCUUUUUAAAACACACCAUCAAAAAAAUGUAUUUAUAGAUUGUGAUAAAGUGUAAAUAACUGAAUUUUCCACCGUGGUUUGAAGUCAGCUUUCAGGGCAUUAUGUCUUGUUUUGAUGAAAAGAGAUCACUCUAUACCCCCCUUUUUAAAGGAAAAUUAUCGCAAGAGAAUCAGGAUGUGUAAAGCUAACAUGCAUCGCAAAAAACCAAAGGUGACUGAAAAUUCCUGAGGCUUUUCCUGGAAUAGAAUGGGUGUCAGAGACCCAUGUCGUCAGGAAAGGCAGACAGUCGGUGAGAGUGAAGUAGUGAGUAGUGAAAGAAGACGAAUGGUCGCUCAAUUGCUACCCAGUGCUCCAGAUGCUUGGCUUACAGGUUUGGAGUUCUGUAGCCCACAAGGCUUUGUUCCAAGAACAAAAGUAGAAGAAGAGAAUUCCAAUUGAAUGCCUACUAUGUCUGCUUACAUUUACAACCAGUAGUGGCAAUGUUGUCAAAGGAGCCUGGAUCCCAGGAGCUACCUGCUGUGUAGAGGCUGGCCUGGGGGCACUUCCUGGGACAGUGUUGAGGAGAGGAGCUCAACACUUGGGUUUCACCCCACCUCUUGAUCUGGCUUUCCCACUGAAAGCCAGCCAGGAUCUUCUGUUUAGGAGUCUUUAAUCCCAGAUGGAGUCCUCAGAGCUUCAGGGACUCAAUGCUAACCUACUUGGUAGGAGGGGCUGGCGGGUUAACUUGGUGUUUGAACACUUCACUUGCACAUCUAGAGGACCUGGGUUCAUUAUACGUUACAAUAAAUAAAUGAAUAAAUAAAUAAUAAAUGGCUUUUAAAGAAUCCCAGCACUUAGGCAGAGACAGAUGGAUUCUGGAGUUCAAAGCUAGCCUGAUCUACAGAGCAAGUUAGUUCUGGAACAGCCGGGCCUACACAGAGAAACCUGUCUUGACUAAGUCCCUGGUGUGGCUCCCCAGGUCAGAACACUCAGCUCCUGUGCUAGACCCAGUUUCUUGUGUCUGCUUAGCUUCCCAUAGAAUGUUCUGGAACAUGCUACUAUAUAUGCCCCACUGCCACACCUUUAUUGGAACUGAUAGCCUGGCAGUUCUCUGUAUUAUGUGAAGGAAAGAGUCAUUUACUUUAGGUAAGGCACUUUGAAUUCUGGGCCUGUGUUUGUCUUUGUUGUUAGCACUUGUCCACAAGUUCUUCAAAAGGGGCUGUUGUAUGUCACCUCUGUACUACAUUUCUCAAGUAUCUGCCUCUGCUCGAAGAGUUCAAUAAAAGUUUGGUCAAGUGAUGAACGGUGA